CGGAUUCGCAGUGUUGGGCAGCACUGGUAAAAACAAAACAAAGCAUGCGGAAUUUGGAAUCCUGAUCCCAACAAAAAUGACAACCACAUUGGAAACGCAGCUCUCAGACAAGUUGCAAGUGAUGGCCGAGAUCAAGGACAGUGGCCCAGAGCGGGCAAACCAAGAGGAAACCAGCAGCGCACCCGGUGGAUCCGGGGACAGUUCGGCGUCGCCGUCUCCCAGUGGCAGUGCCACCAAAAUUGCGCCGGAGCCCGAGUUCUACGACAAGGCGCAAAAGUACUGGGCCGAGGUUCCGGCCACCGUGAAUGGGAUGCUCGGCGGUCUGGGCUACAUCAGUGCCAUCGAUAUACAGGGCUCCAGUGUGUUCUUGCGAGAGAUUCGCGUUCCGGGCAACAGGUUGGCCUUGGACUGCGGCGCCGGAAUCGGGCGAGUGACCCGGAACCUCCUUAUUCCGCGCUUCAGCUGCGUGGACCUGGUGGAGCAGGAUCCCGCUUUUGCGGAGAAGGCGCGGGAGUACUGCACGGCCGAGGACGUGACUCCCGGCAAGGUGGGCCAGAUCUACAACAUGGGACUGCAGAAGUUCGCGCCCUCGCAGCACUACGACCUCAUUUGGAGCCAGUGGGUGCUAGGACACCUCACGGACCGCGACCUGGUCGCUUUCUUUCGGCGUAUGAAGCUAGGACUGGCGCCCGGCGGCUUCUUUUGCCUGAAGGAGAACGUGAGCAGCUCCAAGAAGACGGUGGAGGACAAGCAGGACUCGUCGGUCACUAGGCCACUGGACAGCUACGAGCGCUACCUGAAGGAAGCCGGAUUCCGCAUCGUGCGCAAGGUCAAGCAACAAAAUUUCCCCAAGGGACUCUUUCCGGUCUACAUGAUCGCCUGCAAGCCCGUCUCCAAGGAUUAGGUUAGCGUUUAGUUAGUUUUACCAUUGACGUACAAGCAAUUUACUAAAGUUAUACAAAAUGCACAAAUUCAAUGUCACAUUACUAGCUAGUCAUUUAAAAUUGUAAAAGUUUGGACAACCAAUAAACAAGCUUGUCAAAGUUUUUACACGUUCCU